UUUAGUUCAAGAUGUCCCGGGACAUAAUCGGUCCGGCUCUGCCACCAGGAUUUCGUUCUGCUAACGAAGAGGAUGACCGGGAGGAGGAGGUUGCAGGUCCCGUAUUGCCCCCCGGCUACAAGUACAGCCACAGCUCGGAUUCAUCAGAAGACGGGGAAAAGGAGACUUCUUCCAGCCACAGGCAUAACAAGAGACAAUCUACUGGAAAGGACAGAAAUGAUUCCAAAAACAGAAAAAUUGGAAAGACUUCAGAGGAGGAUGAGGAUGAUUUUUUUGGCCCCGCUCUCCCUCCAGGUUAUAAGAAACAGUCAGACUCCCCUGACAGGCCUGUUAUAGGUCCUGCCCUACCACCUGGCUUCAAAAAACCAGAUUCAGAUACUGAGGACGAUUCACAUUCUAACGGAUCUGCAGACACCAAGUAUAAGUCUGAGGACAGUGAAGAGGAGGAGGAUGAUGAUGAUGAAGAAAUUGUCGGCCCACUUCCUGCCAAAGGCCCUAUUCAGUCGACUGUUGCUCAAGAUAUUGAGCACAGAGCUUGGAAGAUGAAGCAGAAACUCGCAGCAAACGAUGUAAGUUCAGAUGGCCCUAUAAACCCAAGCAGGGAGACAUGGAUGACCGAGCUGCCUCCAGAGCUAACUAACUUUGGACUUGGCCCAAGAACAUUCAAGCGGAGAACUAAUGAAAAGACUGGGGAUCGGUCUGAGUGGACAGACACCCCUGGUGACAAAGAGAGGAAAGCAAGAGAGAAGCAGGAGGGCAAAGUUUCCAGUAAUAAAGGUGAAGAAAAGCCACAAGUAUCAGAAAGAGACAGAAGACUGGCAGAUAAAGUAUCCACCUAUAAUGAUACAAAAAGAUCAGAAUCUCUCUUAGAUCUUCACCGGAAAAAACUGAAAAGAAAAGCUGAAGACGAUAAAGAUAAAACGAAGGAGAGACAACCGUUUGACAGAGAACAAGAUUUGCAAGUGAAUCGCUUUGAUGAUGCUCAGAAGAAAGCUUUGUUACGGAAAUCCCAAGAGCUGAAUACAAAAUUCUCACAUGGCGGCGGCAGUAUGUUUCUUUAAGUAGACAGUACUGCACGAAUGAGAAAAUGUUAUUGUAUAUGCACAGAAAUGCCGUUCUCUUCAUAGUCCC